AUGCCGCCGAAGCAGCAAUCGAAGGCUGAUUUGGCGAAGAAGCAGAAGAUCGUAGAGGACAAGACCUUCGGGCUCAAGAACAAGAACAAGAGCAAGAAUGUCCAAAAGUAUGUUCAGAUCCUCAAGCAAUCUGUCCAGCCGAAACCCGAUCCUUCCAAGACCGCCGCUAAGUAUGAUGCCAAUUGUUUGACAAUUUUUUUAUUUUGUUGUGGUUUAUGUUGUUCUGAGUAUGUUUAUAUCUUUUAUAGAAGAACAAUUGAGGAUUGGGAUCAAGAAACUUUGGAGAAGGUGGUGGAGUCAAAGAAAAAUGAGUACCAGCAGAACAAACCAACUGAUAUUAUCUGUAAAUACUUUUUAGAAGCAGUGGAGAAGAAACAAUAUGGUUGGUUUUGGGUCUGUCCCAAUGGCAGCAAAAAUUGCCACCACGGGCAUGCUCUUCCUCCAGGAUAUGUUUUGAAGUCGCAGAUGAAAGCUCUGCUGGAGGAAGAGAGUGAAAAAAUACCCAUUGCGGAGGAGAUUGAAAAUCAGCGUGUUAAAUUGACAACUUCAACACCCAUGACUCCUGAGCUAUUUAUGCAAUGGAAGAAGAAAAAGAUUGCAGAAGGAGAUGCCGGCUUGGCUGCAAAAAUGGCAGAGCAAGCUAAGAAUGACAGUAUGAGUGGCCGUGAACUAUUUUUGUCAGAUUCUAGCUUAUUUGUGGAUGAUGCUGAGGCAGAUGAGAAGUACCACAAGGAGGAAGAACCUGCAGUUGCUGAAAAGAAGGCCAAUGAGAACUCUAAUGGAGAUGGACCGAGCAACUCAGCAACAGCUGGUGGUGAUGCUGAAGUUACCAAUGUUGAUGAUGACGAUGAACUGGACAUAGAUGAGUUAAACGAGUUGGAAGCAAGCUUAUCGAAUGUAGCAAUUCAAGAGCCAGGCACAAAUGCUUAGUCCACAAGUGCCAAUCUGAAGUCUGCAUACUUUUUUUUUAGUGUGGAAUCAUGUCAUUAUCUGUAAGCUCAUGACCCCCUCAAGGAACAUAACCUCUCGGAUGCUCUCUGAAAGGUUAUAUUGUUCACCAGUUAUGAUCUUAGCAUCCUUGGGGAUCAUUAUGUGCAUUUGUGUUAUUUAUCUAAUUUUCCCGGGUCAAUAGUCCUUUAAGAAGGAUACAAGAAUAAUCGUGUUGCAGUUGUAUUUUACUUGAGCAUUGUAGGAUGCAAGUAAUGUCUCCUCUCAGUUAAUGCUAGAACUAC